CGACGCUGGGAACUUUUUUAUUUUCCAACAUUGAUAAGCCCCACGAAGAAGCCUUAUCUUAGCGCCCCGAUAACUGAAUAACCACAUUGAACAUCCUAAGAUGGUCACUGGUUAAAACUUACCUCAAGAUCAAGACUUUAGAAGAUGGAGUAUUAUUCUUAUCCUACAGCCCUGAGUAGUCUCUUAUAACAAAGCAGUUUCAGUACAUGAUCAGUCUAAAAGGGCUGUUAUGGUCCCUCUAUUUAAUGAUUCGCCCAAAUGCCUCCGUCGCAAAUCGCAUUCUUCUUUAAUGCGCCUCUCUUCCUCCUUUCCCCAUGCUGGGCAGCGUUCGCCAUUUAGUGAACAGUCGCACGCUCGAUAUUGCUUUUUCUUGUACAUUCCGCGCUCAUAGAUUCUUCAACUAUAGAUCUCUUUAUUCAUUGCGAUUCAACUCCACAGCACCACAGACUUCACCAUUACAGGAUGCUUCUUUGCUUAUCCCAGCUGCAACCAUGACAGAGUAUCGAGAGCCUGUGGUACCGACUCGGUCGUCUUUCAAGCCCAUAAAUAUACCGGGUCUCACUUUGGCGCAACCGAAACAGAGUGAUGCGCCUAGGAAUGCGCCCAAAGGCCCCAAGAAUAAGAGUAAAGCGGCUGCAGACGCAAAAAUCCCCAAAGGCCCAAAGGCAAUGACCCAAGCCCCUCUAGCUCGACGCCGCUCUUCAUCACCCCGGAAGAUCCCAAGCAAAGCCUCUGGAGGUGUACCCGACCCUACGCCCCAAUAUAUGGCCCAAGCGAACCUCAGCCCCGAACGACUCCCUCAACCACGUCGCAUUCUCAUUAUAAUGGACCUCAACGGUACUCUCCUCUAUCGACCCAAUAAGCGCCGGCCCUUCAACUUCGUCGAGCGACCUCAUGCAAAGACUUUCAUCAACUACUGCCUCGACGCUUUCCACGUUGCGAUUUGGUCCUCAGCACGUCCUGACAAUGUCCACAAAAUGGUUGAACAACUCCUCACACCUGAACAGCGUGAGCAAGUUCUUGUUGUCUGGGGUCGUGAUUCUUUUGGUCUCUCGGAGGGAGAUUAUAAUGCAAAAGUGCAGGUCUACAAACGUCUGACGACUGUGUGGACUAAUCCCCGGGUGAUGGCUGCUCAUCCUCAGGCUCAUAAGGGAGGUCUUUGGAAUCAGAGCAACACUAUUCUGGUUGAUGACUCGUUGGAGAAGGGGCGGAGUGAACCUUUCAACACGCUUACACUUCCAGAGUUCUCCGGAUUGUCUACGGAAAUGCCCAAUGUCUUGCCCCAGGUUCACGAUUACCUGAAUGAACUGGCUUACCAGGCGGAUAUCAGUCGCUUUGUAAGACAGUCACCUUUCAAGCUUGAUCCAGUUUAUGUCUUGCCAGAGGACGCAGCCUAGUAAGCUUUGACCCUGCGCCAAGGGGUAAAGUAUUGGGAAUGAGAUGAAUCAUAGGAUAUCAUAGACGGUUUAGAUUCCUUUAGAGAUACCCGAGGUUUCGGCCCUCAGGAGAUAUAAUUUCAUAGCGUGUUGAUGAUAGAACAUGAAUGAUCAUUAUUAAAGGCGGCACAAGCUCUGUCUCACAAAAAAAAAAAAAAAAAAUCUUGUCAAUUGUCUAUCAGUAACAGACAGCUCUUCGUUCUUUUGGG